AUGGAGGACAAUAACACAUCAGAGGAUAAAUAUGACUUUGAGGCAGAAGAUUUAUUUGGAACAGGUGGAAGUAGUGAAGAUGCCUCAGAAGAAAAAAGGGCUGAAAACCUCCAUUCUAAAGUAGCAGAUAUACAAAUAUUCAAUGCAUUUCCUCACACUAAAACCGAUAAGCUUGAUUUAAUAAAAUUGCCAAGAUUUUUUACUCAAUCAUAUACAAAUUUUGAUCCCAAGACAUAUUAUGGAGAAAAUGAGUCAAAUUAUUGUAAGGGUGUCAGAUUUGCAACAGCAAGCUCGAUUAGAUGGCGUUAUAACAAGAGAAAAAGAGAAGAUGGUGAGAAUGAGAUCAUUGAGAAAGAAACAAAUACAAAAUUGGUAAAAUGGUCUGAUGGAUCAAAAACACUUCAUAUUGGAAAAGAAUCAUAUUCAUUAAAUUCUUAUGAACUUGGAAGACCAAGAUAUAUAGCAAUUGCACAUAAAGAAACAAAAGCUCUUGAACAAAAAGCUCGAAAAUCAUCUAAUGCACUUAAAAUCAAUAGAACCCGUAAAAGAAAAUAUCAUAAAUUAUGUGACAGGGAUACAAGAACAAAAUUAACAAGAAAAUCACCAUACAAUGAUACUUAUGAUGAUGGUUCUGGAUUUGUGGAUGAUGAUGAAGACAGAGAUUUGUGA